AUGGCGUACCCGUACACGAAUGCGCCCCCCGGUGGCGUAUAUAUCCUCAGCCGCGCUGAGUUCGAUGGCCGCGUCCUCAUCAUCGACCGUCUCAUGCAGGACUUUCCGGGUCCCUGGUGGAAUUAUUCUCCUCUUCACUUCGAUCUUGCCUCCCCGACUCCUGAAAUCCCCAGCACGCUGUGCAUCUACAGGGUGUUCGUGGUGGUUAGGGGCGAGUUCAAGCUGUUGGAGGAGUCGGAUGCAUGCCCCACGCCCGAGGCCGCCGUCGAGAACCUGAGGCUGAAGAUCCUCUAUGCUACCUUCUAUAAGAACGCUGCCCUCUUCCCUGUCGGCCCUGACUACGAUGCCAGUGAUAGCGAAGAUGACAACGAUGCCUGA